AUGUCUACACGGAAGCCAAGGGCUUCCCUGAUGUUCCGAGAUACAGGCAGGCCCUCACCUUUAGAGCAGCAAGAUCUCAUUUUCAUUCAUAAAUCCUUCGGCGGGGACAUGCGUCCUGUUCGCUGCUGUGCCCCGACUGGCGUGUCACAGACGCCCUUCAAGGUCUCUGGCUGGGACGUGGAGCUCAGCCCCCACACAGGCUUGUGGCGUCCCCGCAGCAGCUGUGGACACUGGCCCCUUGCCCAGCUGUCUGCAUGCGGACCCGGGCUCCGCUAA